UGUAAUUGUGUUCUUCCUCCCGGGUUUCGUGUGUAAAUAAGAAACAAAUGUAUUUUAAGGCAUUUUGUAUCACAAUAAUGUUUUAUUAAUUAAAUUACUUUUAUUUACUCUGUGCUUCAGUCCAAGAAGAUAGCGUGAAUCAUCUUUUGAUUUCUACACACUUUGUCCACCUAUUGUCUAUGACUUCGCAUGAGAACGGCGUUGCUAGUCUCUGGUCGUCGUUCUCCCGGCGCUGGGACCUCGCCCCCGAGUCAAAGACACGACUGUGCCGACACGGAAAGGAAGUAACUCGUUCUGGUAAUGGAUUGGUGGAGUGAAGAUGUUUUUGGCAAUGAGUGUUGGAGUAUAGGGCUUGAAAAAUCAGGCCGAACUGUUAACACAACGAUAAAAAAAGAAAGUAACGAGCUUGUGGAAGAUAAUUGCAGCCAUGAAGUUAUUAACAGUGUUCAGAACGAAUGUAGUCAUGAAGAUGGUACUGAUGUUCGUGAUUACUCUAGCCAUGAAGAUGAUAGUGAUGUUGAUGAAUAUUCUAGUAAUGGAAGUGUUAUUAUUCUCAGUUCCGAUUCCUCCACAGCUCCUUGUGAUAUCACAUUUCCCAAAAUUAAAACAGAGGUAAUUGAGGAACAUUUGAAGAAGGAGUAUAAGGAAGUAACAAUCAGUGAAGAACAAAUUGUAUCUGAAACAUCAGAAGAAAGUAACUUUCUACUAGCAGCUCCAAAUAGCAGUAAAUCCUCCAAGACUGGCAGUGUAACCUGUAUAAGAAAAAACCUUGAAUCGUUGAAAAGCACUAUUUUUCCCGGAUCUACAUUCUACUAGCAGCUCCAAAUAGCAGUAAAUCCUCCAAGACUGGCAGUGUAACCUGUAUAAGAAAAAACCUUGAAUCGUUGAAAAGCACUUUUUCCUGGAUCUACAUUCUACUAGCAGCUCCAAAUAGCAGUAAAUCCUCCAAGACUGGCAGUGUAACCUGUAUAAGAAAAAACCUUGAAUCAUUGAAAAGCACUAUUUUUCCUGAAUCUACAGUAGGUGUUCUAUCUAGGAGUAACUGGGAACAUAUAAAGCUUAACCAGUACAGUGAUUUUUCAGAGACAAUUGUUCAAGCUGGUCGCUCGAAUGAAAAAAGUAUAAACAUACUUAGCCAGACCAAUAAGAUUAGUUCUUUAAAUUUAACAUCAUCUACUGAUGUAGGUGUAGUUAAUAAAACUAAUAUAAGGGCAUUUUCAUGUUACAUGUGUAAAGCUAGUUUUUAUCAUAUUAGCACAUUGAAAAAACACAUUAAGCACACACAUGAUGUUAAGUGUUCUAGUAAAGACUGUAAGAAGACGUGUGUACAAAACAAAGCGAGAAGAAAACAUUUUUCAAAUACAACAUGUCCCAAGGAAUAUUGUUCUAAACCUGAUCUAAGAGUAUGCACAUCUACUCAUACAACUGAGAAACCAUUUUCGUGUUGGAGGUGUGUCAAAAUGUUUUAUACUAAGAGUAGUCUUAGAAUACACAUGCGUAAACAUAAAGUUGAGAUAUCAUCAUGUACAAUACGCAGCAACAUGUUACCUCAUAAAGAUCACACUGGAGUCAACCCAUUUUCUUGUUCAGAAUGCAAUGCAUAUUUUUCUCGGAACGAUAGCUUAAUUUCACAUGUGCUAACACAUACAUGUAAGAAAAAAAUUUCAUGUUCAGUAUGUUGUGCAAAGUUUUCUUCUAAAGGUAUUUUGAAUUCACACAUGCGCACACACACAGGUGAGAGACCAUUGGCAUGUUCAGUAUGCAGCAAAAACUUUUCUAAUAAAAGAAGCUUGAUUAUGCACAUGCGCACACACACAGGUGAGAGACCAUUUGCAUGUUCAGUAUGUAGCAAAAACUUUUGUAUUAAAAAAAACUUGAUUAGACACAUCCGCACACACACAGGUGAGAAACCAUUUGCAUGUUCAGUAUGCAGCAAAAACUUUUCUAAUAAAAUAAAUUUGAUUAGACACAUGCGCACACACACAGGUGAGAGACCAUUUUCAUGUUCAGUAUGCAGUGCAAAAUUUUCUCAAAAUAGUUCUUUGAAUAUGCACAUGCGCACACACACAGGUGAGAAACCAUUUGCAUGUUCAGUAUGCAGUGCAAAAUUUUCUCAACAUAUUUCUUUGAAUAUGCACAUGCGCACACACACAGGUGAGAGACCAUUUGCAUGUUCAGUAUGCAGCAAAAACUUUUCUAAUAAAAGAAGCUUGAUUAUACACAUCCGCAUACACACAGGUGAGAGACCAUUUGCAUGUUCAGUAUGCAGCAAAAUUUUUUCUAAUAAAAUAAAUUUGAUUAGACACAUGCGCACACACACAGGUGAGAGACCAUUUGCAUGUUCAGUAUGCAGCAAAAACUUUUCUAUUAAAAUAAACUUGAUUACACACAUCCGCACACACACAGGUGAGAGACCAUUUGCAUGUUCAGUAUGCAGUGCAAAAUUUUCUCAACAUAGUUCUUUGAAUAUGCACAUGCGCACACACACAUGUGAGAGACCAUUUGCAUGUUCAGUAUGCAGCAAAAACUUUUGUAUUAAAAAAAACUUGAUUAGACACAUGCGCACACACACAGGUGAGAAACCAUUUGCAUGUUCAGUAUGCAGCAAAAACUUUUCUGAUAAAAGAAACUUGAUUAGACACAUCCGCACACACACAGGUGAGAGACCAUUUUCAUGUUCAGUAUGUGGUGCAAAAUUUUCUUGUAAAGAUAAAUUGAAUUGCCAUAUGCUUACACAUAGGUCUGCACAUGAGUAACCAUUUUCAUUUUCAGUAUGCAUUGCAAAUUUUCGUAGAAAUUUUCCUUGAUUGUACACAUGUGACUCAUAUAGGUGAUAAACAAUUUUUGGGUUUAGUUUACAGUGAAAAAAAUUCUUAGUAAGACUUCCUACAUUAUCAUUUUUUCACGAAAUUUUAGAACUUAUUUUGUGUUAUUUUCUUAUAAAGUGUCUUUGAAUGUAGACAUUAAUUCAUGCAGUGCUGUUAAAACAUUUAGGUAUUGUUUUUAUGUUUACUUUGCAGAAUUUUUUAUACUAUAUUUUUUUUUUUAAAUUCUUUUUAUAGGAAUUGUGUACCUAACGUAAGAUAUUUUGUAUGUUAAAAAUUUUAAUGUUUUAAUUGCGAACUCAACCAAACUAAAACAAAUAAUUUUUUAAGUUGAGUAUUUAGCUCGGUAUUCCAAGACAUUCGGGUAAGGUAGCGAAUAAACACCAGUUGUUUGGAUAAAACUGUAACGUAACUCGCAGACUGUAUUCACACACGUGUCUUAACUAAAUCUGUAUUAGGUAACAAAAAGCAACCUUUUUAAUAAAUUGUGUCCUGCACGGAGCUAGAAACUGAUUUCAAUACAUUCAUUCUAGUUAUAGUUUGGCAACCAUCGUUACAUUGGCUAUGCCUAAAGUCCUGAAGAAUGCAGCACUAUUGCGCAAAUUAAAUGAUGCCAUUAUAAUUUUAAUUUUCAAGUACUUUUAAAGUUGAAAUUAUUUGGUUUUAUGACCAUUAAAGUAUACAACAUGUUGAUAGUUUCGCUGUCAUAAAAUUUCAUUUGGCCCACCAAAAUGCUUCGAAUUUCCACCCACCUGUGAUCAUUAAAUUUAUAUCAGUUAUUUGGCACCAGAUGCGGUUCAGCCAUCUGGACGAAAUCAACAAAAAUCUGAGCGCAUGGGCGUGUUUUUGGGCAAAAGUGUGGCAAUGGAUAGGACACCAAAAUCUGUCGCCUAAAAAUAAGGGACUUGUCGUGCCCUACCGUGCACUAGGAAUAUGGUUAAGGUACAGGUGUAGCAUAUUCAACACCUAAACCCUUACUUUUAUGUCUUGGAAUACCAACCUUAGUGCAAAAUUGUUUUCUCAAAAUUCUUGUACAGAUUUUCUGUAUGUUUUGCUGUUUUUCCCUCAAUAAGUGUAAAACAUAUGUAUGUUAAUAAUUACUAUAAGAUAAUAAUAGUCAGAGGUAAGACAUAAUCUGUAGAUAAUUUUUUGUUCACUUUGAACUUAAUUGAUAUUUUGUGAAAUAAUAUUGAAGCAGUAGUAAUUUUAUGGUUUGAACGUUAUUUUUUUUUUCAAUUAUUUAUUUUAAAUUGUUGUAUUUUAUAGUGUGUGAAUAUGAAAAUUCAGAAUAAAUAAGAUUUAUGUCUAUAAAUUUAAAAUAAAAAUAUUAACUAUCUAUUAGAAGAUAUCAAUAAUAAUUCAUUUGAUAACAUAUAAAAUACUUUGUAUUAUAUUUUCAUUAGUUUUAUAUAUAUUUCAAGGUUAUUUUAAGUUAUGUACAUUAAUUGGCUACUGGUCUUCUAUUAAGUAUCUUUUAACUAUGUAGUAAAAUAUAAUAAAAAUUUAUUUCGGAGUUGUCACUAAGUUGUAAUCUGGUGCAAUUAUAAGCUUUUUAGUUUGAAUUAAAUUAAUUUAUAAAUAAAAAUAUUCUAGAAUAUAAAUAUGUAUUGAGCGGGUAAUGACCACUCAAAAUAGACAAAAAUUAUAAGCAAAUAAUUUUUAUAUGUAUAUAAUUAUUUAAACAUUUGUCAAAGACUGAAAUAAUUUAAAAACAUUAUAUUGUUAUAAAGCUAUGGGACAAUUGCAUAGCAGCAGUAUUGCAAACAGACUGCAAAGACUAUUAUUUUAAAUUUAAUUCAUAUAGUUUGUCUAUGCAAUUUCAUUUUAUUUUCUCAUUGUUCAUGUUAACUGUUUUAAUGUUACAAUUUUGUUUAGUUUAUAGUUAGUUACAAGUGUUCUAUUUUAAGAUUGAUAGGAACAAUGACCCCAGGCCAUAGUAAAAUUUAAUUAGAAAAUCUGAUUAUUAAGAAAGUUUGGAAGAAGAGAGUCUAAAAAAAAAUUGGUUGACUGUAAAGUCGGUUUACGGACGAUAGUUUAACGUGACAACGUCAUAACAAAACAUUGAUGAAAUGAUUGAUCCAGAAGAAAAGGAAAUAUCAUAUUCGGUCUGAGACUGAGCCGUUAUAGGUUUAGGCAUUAAAAAUAUUAUAUUCUUUGAAGAAGAACUUUUUUUUAAAUUUUUCUAUCUUUUGUAUGAUAGAAUCUAUCUCUGCAUACUUUUAUGAAUAAAAUUGAAUCAAUUUUAUUGAAUUAUCACAAUUUUGUAUGGAUACAAAGAAGGAGUAAAAUGAAGUGUACAAUUUAAUUAAUAAAUUUACUUUUUUUUUGCAUUUAUUAAUUCAAAUAUAUUUAUUACUUUUGAAGUGUCGGGUGCGCCGUAUUUAUUUUUACAAGUACAAAAAAAAAUUUUGCUUCGGCCGGGAUUCGAACCGUUAUCCUGUGGAUUGGCAGAAAACGAUGCUCACCGCUCAGCCACGAGGCCAUAUUGGAAACUGUUGUUUCAGAUGUUAUAAUUGAUAAUAUUCCACGCACGACAUUUGUUUGAAUUUCUUUUAACUAGCAUAUUCUCUAUUGGACUCGAAAUAUUUACACGCUCUUGGGCUCAUAACUAUAAUACGGUGUGUGAUUUAGUUUAUCAAAUAAUAAAUCAUGACAAAUAAUUACCAAUGUCAAUUUAAAGCGUGAAAAGUAUCAUACCAGCAAUAAAUAUUUAGUUACACAGCUAAAACAAUGCUCAUACAACAUUGUUUAAAUAUACUGAUUUACACUAGUAAUUAAAAUAAUACGUACUUGUUAGAACGCCAUUUCCUUGCGAAUAUACUCCCGUGGCGCGAUGCACAAAAAUAACCUCAAACCAGUACGCCGCCAAGUGCCGGCCGAGUUCUCUGUACCGUCCACAACAUACCAGAGAGAUGCCACGCAUGCGUAAACACAUCCGUAGUGGGACAUCCGUAGUGGGAAAAUUUUUUGUGCGUGCAGCCAGUGUUCAUCGAUUUAUUAGACGUUAUCACGUCAAAAUGGCCUGAUAGAAAAGUGAAGUAAAUUUCAUUACCAGUAUAAUUUUGACUGUUGCAAGCUUAUUAAUCAUGGGAAUCAUGGUAUUUCAUACUGAAUUAAGGACUCUAGAUAAAAUUAAAUGAUUGUGAUAAUAUUUGUGAUGAAUAUAACUAUUACUACGACCAUGAUUGAUGUGCCUAGAGCUAGGACUGAGGUGAGCUGAAUAUCUUUAACCAUUUCCGAAUAUUAGCUUGACCAAAUAUCUUUUGUGGUCACAGAAAUUGACACUAUUGAAAUAGUCACAAAUAACUUUGUUUCUCCCCAUAACUUGUGUUAAAACUAGUAGUCCUAUAGAUUAUAUGAUUAUCUAAAUCUACCUAACUGAAGCCGAGGUACAGUCUAUAUAUGAGAAUAUUACGAACCCAAAUUUAGUUUCUUUAUAAUUUUCAUAAACAAUAAUAUUCAAUAAGACUUGAACUUUUGUUAGAAGCAGGACCCAACAUAACUUCAUACUCAUCAGUAUGACAAAAAAUACAUAGUAAAUUUUUUUUUGACUUCGUUUUUGAUCUAUAAAUUUUUGAAAAAUUAAAAAUUGAUAAUUUGUAGGAACGUUUUGCCAAAGCCAGCCUCCAAAAUCCAUUAGUAAACCAAAUUUGAACCCUUUUUCAGCUUUCUCAUUGGGAUGUGAAUAAUUUUCCAUUAAUUAUAUUUGUUUUUUAUAUAACCAAUGAAGAGUAUAUAAAUGAAGAAGAGAUUAUAAAACCAAGGUUAGAAAAAGCUGUGGCAGUCCCUAGGUCCCAGAACUUCCACAUCUUAAUUCCUCUAGAUCUAAAUCGUGUCGAAACCAAAAUUUACUCAUUUUUUGAUGAUUCAAAAACACAUAGAGUACAGAUCAGCUCUGGUGAUGAAAACAUUCCAUUUGAAGAAAUUGUGGAUUUUGUCGCUUGUGUUUACGAUGAGUGGUGGUUGGCGCAUGUUGACUCAAAAGAUGGUGCUGAAAAAGAAGUUUGUGUUAACUUUCUUCACCCAAAAGGACCAUCGCCAUCUCACAUAUCCUAGGAGAGCAGAUACCUUAGCCCUGCCAAUAAACUAUAUUUUGUGCAAAUUACAUCCAACCACAGCAACAGGUAGAACCUACCAAGUACCAGCAGAUGAGAUGGCUGAAGUAGCACAAGUUUUGGUAAAGAAGAGAAUUCAACUUUACUAAUUUGAGGUGCUAAAAGAAGAUAAAAAAUAACUGUUCCUUGACUGUAAGUAAGUUAAAUUUUUUGUUUAAAUGAAAUGAAAAUUUAAUAAAAUUGAGUGUUGUUUAAAAGAUUAAUUUUUUAUCUAAGUUAAUAAGUUAUGCAUUAAUAGAAUCUCCAUACGCAUUAUUUAUAUUAACAAUAAUUUCAAUAUGGUACCAUUGGAAUACCAUCAUUAAACUUUGUACACAACUUUCUAAAGAGGUUUGGUAUAAAUAGUACGUAUUUUUUUCAUCAAAAUUAAAAAUUCCAAUUUUUUUUUAUAAAAACCUUUUUAUGAGUUUUUUUAAAAAAAAUAAAGUGAUGUACACUAAAGUUAUAAUGUCAAAUUAAAGCCAUUGUCAUUCUAAAGAUAAUAGUAAAAAUUUGAGUGUUCUAGGACAAACGGUUUUAGAGUUACAUGCUUUUAUAUAUAUUAAAACGUUCCUACAAACUAAAUUUUUUUACUUUUUAAAAAAAUUAUAACUCAAAAACCAAAGGUGAUAUAAAAUCAUAAAUAUCUGAAGACAUCAUGUUUUGACCAUUUAUUGAUUUGGUGAGGAAUGACCCCCCCCCCCCCCCCUCCCCCUAACAACAAACCCAAAAAAAAAUUGGCAGUAUGUUAAAAUUAGGAAGAAUAUCUAUCAAAAUUUUUUUAAUGUAAAUUAUAUAUUUUUCACAUUACCCUUACUUCCUUUCCAAUUUUGUUUUGCUAAGUUUUUUUUUUUUUUAAUUUUUAUUUAUUAUCGAUAAACACACCUAAAGUUACAUUAAAUACUACCACUGAUACAAUUCCAUUAUUUUUCAAUUUUAAGAGUUUUUUACUAUGGGGCAUUAAAUCCCUAAAACCCAACACGUCGACAGGAUCUUAAAAGUAUGCUCACAUUUAAUUGAGCCUCUGUUACAACAGAUAUUGAAUGCUAGCCAAAACAUAUAUGCCCCUACAAAUGAAAAUUUUUUAGGUUAAACCCAAUCCACACGAAACGGUAGUAAACUAUAGUCCAGUCAAGUUAAACAUGAAAAGGAGGUCGUGCUUGCAAAAGGUCAGGUGUUCUGAAUUUUUUAUAUGUUGUUAGGACCUAAACCAACAUUAAAAAACCAGAUUUGCAAUUUCCAAAGUGCUGUGCGAGCGGCGGUGUACCCAAAAAACCAUGAAAUUUUCGGACUUUUUUCAGUUUUUUCUCAAUAUCUCAGUGAAGGAAGGGUCUGACCGGUACAGUCAUUCUACAAAGUUUUAAAGAAGACUUAAUUUGGUACAAUUUGAGACCAGGGCGAGCUCAAUACAGACAUUGGUUCCUAAGCUACAGUUCUUCGAAAAUAGGCCAUUAUUUCCAAAAAUGUGAAAUUGUUUCGAAAUGCUCAAUGAUUUUAUGAUAUAAUUCUAAAAUACGUAUCCCACCUAAUAGAUUAUACGGAACAAAGUUGUAGUAUAUUUAAUUAUCUUUCAUUUGAGACCAAGCUGGUACCUGUAGGCUCAGCAGUUCUCUCAAAAACGGCAGAUAACCAAAAAAACCAUAAGUGGUUUUUUGGGGGGAAAUGAAAAAAAACUGUUCUCACAUCAUUUUAUUGUUUUAUUUAUCAAGCAUUUAAAAUUUAUUUAUUUUUGUUAUUGUUAAAAUGGUUUUAUGAAAAAAGAAAAA